AUGGGCAAGGAGAAGACCCACAUCAACAUCGUGGUCAUCGGCCACGUGGACUCGGGCAAGUCCACCACGACAGGCCACCUCAUCUACAAAUGUGGGGGCAUCGACAAGAGGACCAUUGAGAAGUUUGAGAAGGAGGCCGCCGAGAUGGGGAAGGGCUCCUUCAAGUAUGCCUGGGUGCUGGACAAGCUGAAGGCGGAGCGGGAGCGCGGCAUCACCAUUGACAUCUCCCUCUGGAAGUUCGAGACCACCAAGUACUACAUCACCAUCAUCGAUGCCCCGGGCCACCGUGACUUCAUCAAGAACAUGAUCACCGGCACGUCCCAGGCGGACUGCGCUGUGCUGAUCGUGGCGGCAGGAGUGGGCGAGUUUGAGGCGGGCAUCUCGAAGAACGGGCAGACCCGGGAGCACGCGCUGCUGGCCUACACGCUGGGCGUGAAGCAGCUCAUCGUGGGCAUCAACAAGAUGGACUCCACGGAGCCCGCCUACAGCGAGAAGCGCUACGACGAGAUCGUCAAGGAGGUCAGCGCCUACAUCAAGAAGAUCGGCUACAACCCGGCCACCGUGCCCUUCGUGCCCAUCUCCGGCUGGCACGGCGACAACAUGCUGGAGCCCUCCCCCAAUAUGCCGUGGUUCAAGGGCUGGAAAGUGGAGCGGAAGGAAGGGAACGCCAGUGGCGUGUCCCUGCUGGAGGCCCUGGACACCAUCCUGCCCCCCACACGCCCCACGGACAAGCCCCUGCGCCUGCCGCUGCAGGACGUGUACAAGAUUGGUGGCAUUGGCACCGUGCCCGUGGGCCGAGUGGAGACGGGCAUCCUGCGGCCUGGCAUGGUGGUGACCUUCGCGCCGGUGAACAUCACCACGGAGGUGAAGUCGGUGGAGAUGCACCACGAGGCCCUGAGCGAGGCCCUGCCCGGCGACAACGUCGGCUUCAACGUGAAGAAUGUGUCCGUCAAGGACAUCCGCCGGGGCAACGUGUGCGGGGACAGCAAGUCCGACCCCCCCCAGGAGGCCGCCCAGUUCACCUCCCAGGUCAUCAUUCUGAACCACCCUGGGCAGAUCAGCGCCGGCUACUCGCCGGUUAUUGACUGCCACACGGCCCACAUCGCCUGCAAGUUCGCGGAGCUGAAGGAGAAGAUAGACCGGCGCUCCGGCAAGAAGCUGGAGGACAACCCCAAGUCCCUGAAGUCGGGCGACGCGGCCAUCGUGGAGAUGGUGCCCGGGAAGCCCAUGUGUGUGGAGAGCUUCUCCCAGUACCCGCCUCUGGGCCGCUUUGCGGUGCGCGACAUGCGGCAGACGGUGGCCGUGGGCGUCAUCAAGAACGUGGAGAAGAAGAGCGGCGGCGCCGGGAAGGUCACCAAGUCGGCGCAGAAGGCGCAGAAGGCGGGCAAGUGA